AUGUCGAACAAAAAAAACAAAAACGCAGAAAUAAACGACAGUGAAAGUGAAGACGAAAAUGAUUCGGUAGAUGACAGAGACUCGGAUGUAGAUUCUGACGGAAACUACGUUGGAGACAAGGAGUUGCAAGCAGACUUUGAAGGUAGAAAUCCAGAAGAUUGUGACUAUCAUGGAAUAAAGCAGCUUUUGCGACAGCUAUUUCUUAAAUCCAAUGUAGACUUGGGGGCACUAGCACAAAUAAUUAUUGCACAGAACUAUGUGGGCAGUGUAGUAAAGCAGUGUCUUGAUGAUGGAGUAGAGGAUGACGACGAAGAUGACGAUGGAAGUGAUGGUGUGUUUGGAAUAACAACUGUAAUAAACAUUACAAAAAAGAAAGAUGAAGCCUGUAUACAGCAAAUUAGGACAUUGCUGACUACCCUUGCAGAAGAGAAUGCUAAUGACAAGACUAAAGCUUUAGUUAACAAAAUCCUAUCUGAUGAGUCUCGCCAUGUAGGGCUGGUAAUAAAUGAAAGAAUUCUUAACAUUCCGGCAGCUAUCAGUGUGCCAUUGUUUGCAUCAUUACAAUCGGAACUGGAGAAGGCAGUGAAAAAAAAUAUGCCCUAUACAUUCCAUUACUUAAUAUGGAUUUGCAAAACAUACAACACAGGAGAUCAAGGUUCGGAAAUACUUUUCGCGAAUCAAGAAGAACGACCGUUAUUAGAUGAAGCGCUAGCCAGUUUCGAAGUAGAUGUGACUGAACAAGCCGACUUGUCACAAUGGGACUAUGAAGGAGGAGCCCUUACUCCAUGUAGAAAGAUUCUCAUUUUCGAUGGAAGUAAAUUCAAUAAUCUAGUAAGACUCCUUAAAGAAGAGGUGGAGAAUGUU